AUGGUCGAUGCUCGGCAUCAGCUGAAGCGCAAUGGCUCACACCGGUCAGCCAGCUCUUUCAGCUACCUGCAUUCACGUGUGCUGCUCGAUUUGCAGGAUGAGAUCACCUGUUUGGAAAGAGAACUUGAUGACAUUGAUGAAGUGGAUGAUGAAGUGGAUUCUCGUCGUCUGAAGUCCAGGGACUACGACAUACAGCAGCCUACCGGCGAAGGAGCUGAUCGCAGCCGUCGAGUCAUACUUCGCGAGAUCAAAGCUAAACUGAUCGAAUACGAUGAGGUGCUCAUAAAGGCAAGAGAGCUCCAGUCUUUCCAAAGGCCCUCAGAUCGCAACUACCGCAGUGUGCGACGCUACUGCUUCAAGAAGAAGCCGCUCAUGGAUGAUGUACUUGACUCUAUUCGCACAAAAGAAGACAUAGUCACCAUCCAUAAUGGUCGUGAGUGGGCGAGUUUCGAUGGUGGCGUAGAGACGAUGAUAGGGCAAACAGACCGCUUCCUUCAGAAAGUCUUCAACACAGAGAACCCCCCGCUACAGCGAUACUUCCGAACCCCAGAAGCGCAAAAGAAGACUAGCGAUGCCGACAUCUCCUACUACAGCAGCUCUCGUGUCGACAAACUGGUCAACAUCCUCAUCACCUUCAUUAUAUUCUGUCUCCUCGUGGUACCAGUCAUCACCAUGUACCAGUUGACGAACACUGCCGCCCAUAUUGAGACCGACCCAUCAGGCAAGACUUCCACGCAGAGUCAAGUGGACAUUAACAAGCGAGAUACAUUCAACGCAGUUGGUGUGUUGAUAGUAUUCACAUUACUAUUCAGUGCUGCGAUGAGUCUGCUGACCAAGGCGGCGAGGCAUGAACUUUUCGCGGCGUCUGCAGCCUACUGUGCGAUCUUGGUUGUGUUCAUUGGGAAUUUCACUGGGCCUGUCGAAUUCACCAUGUGUUUUGACGAUGUUCUUGAUGAGCGGAAGCUUGUCGAAGCAUUAUGGAGGUUGCUGGAGAAACCGGGUUGGAGGAAGUUGGGAGCGAGACUGCGGCUCAACACCAGCAACGAUAAACUUGAAUACCACAUACCAGCACAGUAUACCAAAGAGCGCCCGCCAGUCAACUUCACCCAUGAGACUUUCGACAGCAAAUUGAAGGACCAUCCUCUUGGUUGCCAAAUUCCUACUGCAAACGAGCGUAACGACAGUGUCCAGGUCUUCGGCGUUCUAGAGUCGCUACGUGGGGUUAUAAGUGCGAAGGGCAACACUUCAGUCCUUGAUGACUGGAUCUUUUCAGACGAAGCGCAGUUAGGCUUACAUGUAGCGAGCUUCAAGGAUGCGACACUGGUCACCCUGACUUGGCUACAUACGCUUCUUGAUGCGAUGGGACGACAAACUCUACUAAGAGCCUGGACGGCAGUGUUGGAAGGAAGAGACGAAGAUGUACCGGAGUUCUGGGGUUACGAUUUCGACCCAUUGAUGCGGCUUGGAGCUUCUCCCGAUGAGGACAACCAGGAUGCAGAGGGUAUGAGUGCCAAGAAUGCGCAGGUGCAAGAGAAAGCGCAAUCUCAGAUCUGGAAGGUAAUUUCAAACUUCAAGACCUGGCUUCCAAGCUUGCUAGACCCCAGAACGACGCUCGCAUACCUCUACUCUCGGUUCUUUGGACCGACGACAACGCAGAACGGCCGUAUGCUUUAUAUGCCCGCGGCCUACAUGGCUCGCUUGCGAAUUGAAGCAAUGCACAAUCUUGAAUCUCUCGACGCCUCACAAAUAACCUACAAUACCUCAACGUCUUCCGCACCAAAGCCCUUCCUCUCGGACGGCGACAUCUUCUCAGCAUGGUUAAUCCGCCAUCUCGUUUCCUCCGACACAUCUCUGCUCAACUCACCCCCUGCUCGACCCGUCAUAAUACUCAAUGUCUUGGGCAUGCGAGACGUAUUAUCUACCUCGUCAACCAAAUACGAGGUCUUGAUUCCAAAAGGAAAAGCAUAUGUUGCAAACUGCACAGGUGGAAUCAUUUCCGCGUUCAGUGUACAGCAGUUUGUCGGUAUGCCGUUGGGUCACGUUGCGGCUCGUAUUCGCAAAGAUCUUGUUGAGCAGGCGAAUAGAGAGGCGGUGGAAGCUUCGCAGUGUGCCAGCCGCAACGGACAGCAAAAUCUUACGCCUCCGUCGGAUCCGCAGAUGGGGCCGGCAGCCUACGUGUUCUCAAAUUGGGCAAAGGCAACGUUGUUUGAUACAGAUUUCAGCGCUGCUGUCGUUUCUGAUGAUGGUGAUGAGGGUGGGUUGACUAGUAGGCCGACCAGAGGAAAGCCUAUGUAUAUCAGUGUUAACGGCCACGAUAGACGGGUGGACGGUUGGGGUAAAAGCUCAGGGGGCAUUGGCAUGUGUGUUGGUAAGGAUGCUAGGGGCGGGUAUUGGCUUGGAGCGAUCACCCCAGCAAAAGAGUAUGCGGAGGAGUUUGAGAAGACUGUGUUGAGCGAUUUCUAG